CUGUCAAAAAUUAUUGGUUGUGUUGUGAUUAAGUUUUUGUAAAUUGCCAAAGAAUUUCCUCACAAACCGCAAAAAAAUGUUUUAAUUGUGUGAAAACUAAGAGAUAUUUUAAAAUAAAAAUAAUUUAAUAAAAACAAGUGCAAUAUUAGUUUUAAAGUGUUUUUUUAUAUGUAAAGUGUUUGAAGAUACUUUUUGUUAAGUGUUAUAAGCGGCCCCCUAAAUAGACGAUAGGAAUCAAUUUGUUUGUGCGUGCGUGUGUGUCUUUUAUCUAAUUACUUUGUCAAGGUUUUUCUUGUUUUCUUCCGAAUUUGGGGGAAGGGAAACCUAAAAAUCAUGUCUUGUUACUUCCGCCAGAAUUCGGAUUGCGAAAUAACAGUGCCCAAGUAUAAUGAAUCUGCUACGGGUAUCAUCUAUUAUGACAUUAAAGUGCGGGUGGCUCAGAUUGAAUGGCUGGUGGAACGUAGAUAUAAAGAUUUUGAUCAGCUCAAUGAAAAGUUGGUAGAGGAGAUUAGCAUAUCCAAAAAGCUAUUACCACCUAAAAAGAUAGUGGGCAAUAAAAAUCCAGCAUUUCUCGAACAAAGACGAGAACAAUUGGAAAAAUAUCUCAAAGAACUCUUAGUAUUCUUUCGCAUACAAUUGCCGCGAGUAUUGGCGGAAUUUUUGGAAUUUAAUAAAUACGAUAUUAUCUAUUUACUGCAAGAUCUAGCCAAGCUAUGUAAUGAAAGUGGUGAUGCUUUGUUAAGUAAUAAAAAAGAAUUUCAUUUUUCCGCUUUAGAGGUGUAUGCCAUAAGUGAACGUUUAAAUUUACCUUGUCCCCCCGAAAGUAUAGAACGAGGAAAAUAUGAUUUCUCUCAUGUGUUAGACUUUUGCACACAAUUGGAGGUGAUUAAAGUGACACCGGUGAAAAAUAACGAUACCUUUGCUAGUGAUUAUAAUGCUGUAGAUGUUCCUAUAGGACGCAGUAAUAUAAUACCGAAAAGUCUUAAAUUCAAUCUAAAUGCUUUUCGUAAUUUGCUGUGUCUAAAGAUUUUCGCUUUACCUACCGAAAAUAUUAUCGAUAUUGGUCUGUUGAAGCCGACUUUACAAAAGAUAUGUGUUCAUAAUACCACCAUAACUUCCAUUAAUCAAGUCUUACUGUGCGAUAAUGUGCACAAAGAUACCAGCAUAGACAUUCCUAGUGGUGAAGCUAUAGCUUUAAAUCGUUCUGCCACUUCAAAUACCAGUACGAAUAGUAAUUGUGCCAUAACUUCAACCUCACCCUUGUGGCGUAAUAUGGUGGAAUUGAAUUUAUCGGGUAAUUUAUUGACACAAAUUGAUGAAAGUAUUAGAACAGUGCCACAGAUAAGAGUACUUAAUUUGGAACAGAAUCGUUUGAAGAGUAUUAAAAAUCUGGCCGAAUUACCGCAUUUGCAAGUGUUAAAUCUUUCCAUAAAUGUUAUAGCCGAAUGUGUGGAUUGGCAUUUAGAAUUGGGUAAUUUGGUAACAUUAAAUUUAUCACAAAAUAAAUUAAAAACUAUUAAGGGUUUGCGUAAACUGUUGUCCCUGGUAAAUUUGGAUUUAAGUUGUAAUCUCAUAGAUGAUUUAGAGGAAGUGGAUAAUGUAGCUUGUUUGCCAUUAUUGGAAACUUUAAGAUUAACCGGUAAUCCCUUGGCUAGCAGUGUGGAUUAUCGCCCGCGUGUCUUGGCUAGAUUUCAUGAUAGGGCUGCGGAAAUUGUUUUGGAUAGUGAAAAGGGUACUCAUAAAGAAUUGGAUACCGCCUUGGUUUUGUCAGCUUUACAUACCUCACGCAUGAGACAGAAAUCUCAACAAUAACGUUAGGUUUGUAGCUUUUUCGCCCUCAAUAUUUUACAAAAAUUUACUUUAUUUAUAAAAAAUAUAUAUAUGUAAAAUUGUUUUUUGUAAAGGGACAGCUAUAAAUUCCAUUUAUUUGUGUUACUUUUUAAUGUUUUUAAUUUAUUAUUAUUUUUUUUAGUUUGUAUUACUUUUAUUGAGAAUAAAAAUUAAUUGCGUGC